UUUUGUGGAAUUGUUGGAAAAUCUCUUGGAAAAUCAACGAGUUGAUUGACAUUUAUUUGAAAGUCAUUCGUAGCCAAAGUAAUCGCUUAAAUGAAUUGAAUCUUUCUGUAUUGGGUCUGUUUUGCAAUUGGCGCUGCGGGAAUCAAAGAUGAUUGUCAUGCUUGCUGAUUGGUUGAGCUUCGGGUGGAACGGAAUCUUCUCUUUAGUGUCCGCAAUUAUGAAAAAUGUAUACGAAUCGAAAUAUUUAAUGUCGUGUUACAGUAUUAUUUUAGCGCUGAUAAUGCUGUUGCACAUAAAAUCGAUCUUUGAUAUUGUGGACUUUGUAAGGAAGCCAAGAGAACAACAGCAGCAACAACAACAAUCGCCGAUCGACAUUGUGCGCAGCACCGCUAUCAAUAUUAAUCGGAAGGGGUUGCUGCACUGGCUCUGCUAUGAUGAACUGCCGCCGGCAAUCUUGCUGUCGAACAAUGGGAGGACGGUGAUGGUAAACAUCUCAGCGGCACCAGAUUGCGUGCCGCAUCUCAGUUCCAAUUAUUUUCCUGGAAAUUAUUACUUUGUGGAGGCGAUCUUCAAGUGGGGCAGCACAGAGCACUCGAUAGACUCGAGGAACUAUGUGCUCGAGAUGCAGGUACUGCAUGCCACCAAUUGGCGAGGUGGCCAUUUCGACUACGUAACCGUCUCCUAUAUGUUCCAACGGAGGCGCAACUAUAAAAACAUCCAACUGAGUCCCAUUGUGGAUAAUUUGCGUGGGAUCGUUCAGCCCGGUUCGGUCAUCGAGCUGCCCCCCAUCAAUUUGGCCGAUUUGAUCAAGCCCUUCCAUAAGGAUUACUAUAGCUACUUGGGCAGCUAUGACAAUGGCAACACCGUUCUGCGCACCCUCUGGCUAAUGUGCCCGAAUAUUGUCUACAUUGGCGCCAAUCAAUUAGCCAAAUUCCGCACAAUCUGUAAUUCCAAUGGAUGUCGCAUUGUCCAUAAUGCAUGUCAGUUGCAGCCAAUUAACAGCUCGGCACUCGUCUAUAACCGAUGAGUAUAAAAAUGCUUUUUCUUACAUUUUCUUUUUUCUGUUAUUGUGCUUAAUAAAUUGUUAAGGAACUUAUUGCUUCGACGAUUCUGUAUUCAAUCGUGUGCGGGAAUAAAUA